AUGUUUGAAUUAAAAAGACCAUGGAGGAAAUUUGAUUGGGGACAGAAGGAAGUGCUGAAGAAACGUCUAGAAGAGUUCUCUGUGAGUCAUCCAGAUGGACAGAUCAUCAAGAUCCUGGUAGCUGGACAAAUCGGAGCAGGGAAGUCUAGUUUUAUAAAUUCUGUCAACAACGUCUUCCGAGGACGGAUCACAUCUGAAGCAAUAGUUGAUCAAAGCAGGGGCAAAAGUUUUACAAAAAGUUUGAAAUCACACAGAGUCAGAGGUGUAGAUUGUGAUUUGCCUUUUGUCUUGACUGACAUAAUGGGUUUAGAACCUAAACUAUUGGAGGGGUCUCAGCCAGAAGAUAUCAUCAGUGCCAUAUUUGGACAUGUGAAGGAUGAGUACAAAUUCAAAGAAGAGGAGCCACUUAGUCACAAGAGUGAAGAUUACAUCAGUGACCCUUUACUGUCUGAUCAGGCUUUCUGCCUGGUUUACGUUGUGGACGCAAAUACAAUCCAAUUUGCAAGUGAUCGACUUGUUGACAAAUUGAGGAUCAUCCGCAAAAGAAUCAGUGAUAAAAGGAUUCCUCAAGUGAUCAUCAUGACUAAAGUGGAUGAAACAUGUCCACUGGUGAAAGAUGACCUAAAGAAAGUAUACAUCAGCAGGAGGGUCAACGAGAAGAUGCAUUUGUGCAGCGAGAUGAUUGGGGUGCCAAUGAACUGCAUCUUCCCAGUGAAGAACUACCAUGAUGAGAUUGAAUUAGAUAAUGAUGUUGAUGUUCUGAUUCUAAAAGCAUUUGAGCAAAUUGUAAACUUUGCUGAUGAUAGACUGAGAGAAGCUGCUUCCAACUCUGAAUGCAGACAAUAAUAUUCCUCUGCUUGAUAACAGGACAAACAACACAUGGAAUGCACACUGAUGACAUUUAACUAUACAUGCAUGCACAAAAGACCUUGUUCCAUAUAUGCACGCAUCAAUGCAGUCUGUCUAGUUCACCACAUGCGCAAAGUGUUCAGCAGCUUCAUUGUUAGUAAUAAUAUAUAAUACGAUUUAUAUUUAUUAUUACACGGCUCUCUAAAAUACUUGAUUCUGAUUAGUCAGUUGUGACAUUCUAAGGUUUGUUAUUCCCCAAUAACAACCGUCAUCAUUAGCUGAAUAACACACCGCUCAUCCGGGUAUUUGAGGCCGCCGCUUCUUUCUGAUCUCUUAUAUCACACAACCUCUCUCUCGUUUCAUUCAAAGAACUGCUAUAA